GUGUGGCCGGGACAGACGGGGGGUCCCGCCUGGGGUGCCAGCCGUGCCGCCCGGGCUGUGCCACCUGUGAGGACGACACUCCCUGCCUGAUCCAGGAGGACCAGGUGCUGCGGGCAGCGGUGCUGUCGUGCCAGGCCUGCUGCAUGCUGGCCAUCUUCCUCAGCAUGCUCGUGUCCUACCACUUCCGACGGAGCAAGAGGAUCCGGACGUCUGGAAUCAUCCUGCUGGAGACCAUCCUCUUCGGGUCCCUCCUCCUCUACUUCCCCGUCUUCAUCAUGUACUUCAAGCCGAGCAUCUUCCGCUGCAUCAUCCUGCGCUGGGUGAGGAUGCUUGGCUUCGCCAUCGUCUACGGCACCAUCACCCUCAAGCUCUACAGGUAG